GUGGGAAGAUGCGCGCAGGAGGACCUGUUGGAAAAUACGGGAGCAGAAACCCUGUUUCAGAUAAAUCAAAACAAACAACCCGGGGUCUGAAGGUAGAGAGCGUCGAACUAGCAGACAACAGGGUGUGUGUAAAUUAGAGUAGAAAUACCAGCGCUGAUACUUGAGGUCUGUAGUUGGUUAGCACGUUAGCUCUCAUAUUUACUGAUCCACACCUGCUAUUUAGCUAAUUUGAGCUACUUGAUCUUCAUGCGUCACAGUGUGGGCACAUGCUCGUUUAUCAGCUGUUUAAAAAAAUCCCAUCUUUUCCCCACUCCUUCAGCCCAUGGCAUGAGGAAUUCUUAAAGAUCCGUAUGACUUGGUUUUAGAGGUGUCGUUGUGUUUAUUAUAAUGAAAGAUCAAAUGUGUACGUUGUUUAACUGGAGAGACUAAAGGAGACUGUUUAGAUGCUUAAUCUGCCCUGACCUACAUUCCACUGCAGUUGGUAUGAAUAACAAACAUGCCUUUAAGUAUUAAAGUGUUAUUAAAAUUUAACCUAAGUUUGAGUUGGGUAGUUGGCGCGAUUCAGUAGGACUCGUUUAAAACGCUGUACAGACUGCUUUUACCAGCAGAAUUUGCUUUUCUCUCAGGUAAUGCUCAAUGGAGACGCUCAUGAGUGCCGUGGCCCCGCGUGCACCGACGCCGGUGAAGCGGGUGUCCGAGGUGGAUUUCCGCUCGGGCACGACACUGGAGCAGGUGUCGGCGCAGGUGCAGGAGCUCGUUCAGCUGGAGCAGGGGGAGUUCGGAGACCAGACAGCGCUCGAGGUGCACACGGCCAAAGACUUCAUCUUCAACAUGUUGGGCCUGGUGCAGAAGGUAGACAAGCGGCUACCAGUUGCCAAUGAGUACCUGCUGUUAUCAGGUGGGGCCAGGGAAGGUGUUCUUGACCUUAAUCCAGAGCAUCUUGGUGACUAUGCAAAAGGUGUUGACUUUGAUUUGGACUUUACUCUCUUGGUGCCUGCUCUUAAGCUGCAUGACCGCAAUCAGCCUGUAACACUGGACAUGCGGCAUUCUCCGCCAUGCCAUUCAUGGCUGAGCCUUCGACUCUGCGACCCUGCGAUGCUAUCACGGUGGCAUAUCUGCUGUCAAGAUGAGAAUAGAGAGGAAAAAGAUGAUGAUGAGGAGGAAGAAAUUGGAGCAGUACAAGGCUCAAUCCCAUCCUUGCAGUCUCCCCAAUCAUUAGAUGGAUGCUACUUAUCUCCUUUGCUGGUCACUGAUUGGUUCUGGGAUGUAGUUAGGACAGCGGUGGAAGAGUUGCGACAGAAUCCUCAAAGAGGGAUUCCUGUUCCUGAUCGUGUGGAGCGGAAUGGUCCACUAACCACCCUAAUUCUCACUGCAGGAACUAGCCGAAUCCUCUAUGACUUACUUCCAGUAGUUUCAUUUCGUGGCUGGCCAGCUGUUGCUCAGGGCUGGCUCACGACAAAUCAUUUCUGGGAUGGUAAAAUAACAGAGGAAGAGGCCAUCAGUGGGUUUUACUUGCUUCCUUGCUAUUCGCCGGCUGCUAGCCCUUCUACCAGAGCUGACCGCGAGUGGAGACUAGCUUUCUCCCGCAGUGAGGUUCAGCUGAAGAAAUGUGUGCCCUACCCAAUGGCACAGGCCUUCCAAGCAGCUAAAGCUGUACUGUCAAGACUGUUAGUUCGUCCACGCACCGGCCUUAGCCUCUACCACCUACGUACCUUGAUGUUCUGGGCAUGUGAUCGCUUGCCUACCACCUAUCUUAGCUGUCCAGACCAUGAGACACCUGCCCGGCUGUUCCUUGGUCUUCUUGAUGACUUGGCACACUGCAUUCUGGGCAAAAACUGUCCCAAUUACUUCCUUCCCCAGUGCAACAUGCUAGAGCACCUCAAAGACAAUGCCGCACUAUUAGUUGCACGGAAACUUGCACAUUUACGCUCCGAUCCUGCCGAGCACUUAAGAGCAGCAUUCAACCAGGCACAACAGGCAUGUCAGCUCAAAUGUGAAGCAGCUGGAGCUGCAAGCAAUGGGCAUGGCUUAUCAUCGCUUAGGCAUAGCUAUGGUGCUGGAUUGCCUCAAGAUGACCGGUUAGCACAGCGACUACAACAGCUGGUAACAGAAAACCCUGGCAAGUCUAUUUCAGUUUUCCUCAACCCAGAUGAUGUUACACGCCCACAUUUUCGGAUUGAUGACAAGUUCUACUAAGCAAACUAAGUUUUAAGGUUUAUACACUGCCCAGGGUACAGCAAACCUAUACAACAUAGCUUAUAAUAAGCGGACAUAAUCCUCUCAAAGUGCUACUGUAUUAAACCAAAUCAUAAACAAAUCCCAUGUUUCACAGAGGUUUUUUUGCCUCUGUCCCACAGUCAAACACUCAACAAGACUGACCACAAUCAAAAGCACUUGUUUGAUGCUUUAGUACAGGAUUGAAAAGGGGGUUUCACAUGACUCACGUCAGCUUUGCCAAAUACAUUUAACUGUUUGGAGUGCAGCAUCAGCAUUUCCUCAGGCUCCAAAGUUCAAACAAUUUCAACACUGACCCCAUUGCAGCUGACCUUCCAAAGUGUCGACCAAUGAUUACCAGGCAAUUCAGAUGAUGCAUCAUUACAUUGGCGGUGCCAAAUGUCAGAAAUUUUUUUUUCUGCUGUGCGUUUUGUCUGUAGGUCAAAGCGGCGCUUGCGGUGCAUUGAUGACCUGACGCGAGUCAUGUUACCAACAGGUGUCGCACAUGUCAAUAGAAAUGAAAAAGAUGAAUUUAUACUAUUAUGCAACUCAUAAAAUCUUAAAAGGGGUGAUUCAAGGGCAUCUUACAGAUAUCUCCCAUUGAUGGACUAAUCCAAUGAUAUUGUAUAGGGUUUUCAGAAGGUUCACUCUAAUGAAAUCAAAUGUCUUUUUGUAAAAAAGGUUUGGGAUUGUUGAUUACGUAAUCUCUUUAGUUUUGUCUGUCAGUUACCCUGCUUGCUCCCUUUCUCAGGUACAUUUUUUUUCUUUUGACUGGUGAGUCUGAGGUGUUUUACAGUAAGAGAAAAUAAAAACAGAAAGAGAGAAUAAAGAGACAAGGAAUAUCUGUCAAACCCAGGCCUUGUCCUUUGUUUGUAACACGCUGCUGUAUAGCCUGUAGAAAUAAUCUUUUGGAAACAUGAACUGUUCCAAGCUAUUUUUGUUUACUUCAUUAGAUAUCUAGGUUAGAGUGUGCCGAUGAUGGCAUAUAAGAUUUCAGAGACUAUUUUAGAUGCUGGAUAGUGAUUGGUUGAGCUAAUGACUGUGAUGGAUGCUAAUUGGGUAUCAGCUUGGUUUCUGAUUGUAUUCUAAUCUGCACAUAAACAGAUUUGGGCAAGAGUAUGUGUUAGUUUUUUUCUAAGGGCUUUUAUCAUUUGUGUGUAUGUGUUGUGUAUAUGUCUCUGAAAGUUCCUGAGAUGAUUCAGAGAAUGGGAUUUUGUGGUGAUAGAUCUCUGCUUGAAAUGCUUGUUUCAAUAAGCUUCCAGAAAUAAAAAAAUUUUUUUGGCACUAUGCAAACUGGAAUAAUAGAGGAGAGAUUUUGAGCUAAAAACUGAAGUUUAGAGAAAGGGAGUAAGAUAAGGAUGGAAGGAGUGUGUGAUAAAGGAGGUGGUGAUUCUCCUGUGACCACUUGUGUUCGGAUUUCGAGGGGAGGGUCUCUGGUUUCAUGAUGACAUCAGUCAUUACUGCAAGAUAAUAAACAGCUAAAAAGUAAUAAUAAUAAUAAUAAUAAAAGACAAAGUGUAAAAAAAGGUGCACUGUUUCACCCAGAUGCAGUCCCAGCUUGCACAAACGCAACAUUUCGAGCAGAAUUUCCAUUUAUUUUAGUGCUAAUCUGAGCUUCAGAUGUGUGUGCAUGUCAUCUGUGUCUCUGCAUGUUGAUAUCAGACACACUUAAGAAGUUCUGUGAAGUUCUCAUGCUUGUAUAUGUAUUUUGCUUUUUCACAUUUUUCCAGUCUGACGGUUAUUCCCUUUUAAGGGCACACAUAACCAGCAAUGUUUAAACCCUGGUUUUAGCGCAGCGGUAGAUUGACAGGUUGAAGGGUGGUGCUUUGCUGCUGUCCUGGACGGAUUGCGUUUCACACCUCAGAUGUGAUGUGGUCACGUGUGCUUUUAACUACCUCCGUAUUUGGUUUCAUUGAACCAGUCACAAAGCAUUUUAGUCCCAAUUUCCACCAGAGGCAACUGCUGACCACUUGUGAAAGGCUCACCAAAAACGGAUCUUAAUACCAGGUUGAAAUGGGGUCAGGGAGAGAUGGAUAGAGAGUCAAACACAAUGUCCACUAGAUAGAUUAGACCCUACCAAUGGAGCUUCUGGGACUGCAAACAGCUGCUCUCCCUCACUCGUUCUCUGUUUCUGUCUCUAUCCUAAUUCCUUCCCACUUCAUCGGCCUCCAUCGCUCACUUUUCUUUAUCCAUCUCUUCCUCCUUGGAGUAUGUUAAAGGAUUAAAGUACAAUGUUACAUGUGUAUUAAGAAUAAAUCGCAUUAGCACCCUGUGGGAGUUGGCAGACUAUUCAUGUGUGCUGACAUGGCUGCAGAGCAGAUGCAGAGCAAUCAGUAACAGAGUUGCCUUUGAAUGACUGCAAAAUAGUGAGGAAAAGGCUAAUCUGACUUUUUGCUAGUGGAUUCCUUCUCCCAUAAUGCUGAAUUUGAGAUGCACAUUUGUUUGUUAAAUCUGUUAUUAAAGAAAAAUGAAAUGGAUGUAUCUCUAAUGUAUAUUGUCAGGGUUUGAAAAUGUAUACCUUAAAAUGUCUAUUUAGUGAGUUUAAAUAUUUAAAAUGCUUGAAUCAAUAUUCAUAAAUGUUUUGUUUGUUUUUGUUUUUUUUGCAUAUAUUAUUACCAUUGUUUAGCACAAUGCCUGAUAUCAAAUGAACAGUGGAACUAUGCAAUUUCAGAGGUUUUCCAUCUCUGUAAAUAUAGAUAUUGUAAAUGUAGAUAUUAAGGCCUACCAUCAUUACCAAGAACAUUUCAUACGAAUAAGAUGAUUUAAAUGGGAAAAGUCAAUGUUCCUGCCUCAGGGCUUAAUAAAAUAUUCCGGACACAUUUCAGAUGAAAUAUCUGAAGAAAACCAAAGCACAUUUAUUCCCUCCCUAAAUUAUUAAUGAUGCUGAAGUGGUCCCAGUGUUUCUUUAUCUGACAGCAGUGUCACUCAGGUUGUGCUGUUGUGUAUAAUUUUUUAUUUUUAUUUUUUUAUUUUUUUCCCUUCAGCUGAAAAGCAAACAAAUAUGAAUGUAAACAGCAUACCUCUUAUUAAUCUAGCCGUCAUCUCAAAUACCCUGAGUGGAAACAGAAUAAUGUGUAUGUAAAUAAUGUGUAUGUAAAUUGUACCAAAUAUUUCAUUUCUCAUGUGCCUCAGAAGGCAUUUCUUUUUCUUUUGAGCAGAUUGCCCUCUUUUGUUGUGAUGAUGUGUGAUGCUCUUUACAGCUGUUCGAUUCAUGAAAUAAAACAUUUCAUCUUGA